UGCUACUUACGUCAGAAGAAGCAGUCGGGAAGGGGGAAUGGGCUCUUAUUUUAGUAAAUGGCAAAUACCUAAUCUUGCUCAGUCGAUUAACGACGGUUGUUAUUGUUUUUGUGUUUAAACACUUGAGAGCACGUGCAAGAAUGGGAUCUCAAGACAACAGGGCGGAAAACGCAAACUCUGGUCAGGUGUACACAAUCGCAGUGAACGACAACAGACACGAUGACGCGCAAAGUCUCCGUUUUCAAUCUAAAGAUCCCAUAGUGUUGCAGGACGGCGACAGGAUUGCGCAAAUUCUCAAGAAUGACUGCGACGGACACGGCGGGGACGUCAAGCAUCCGACAAAUUUUUCAGAGACUCUCAUGCAUCUGUUUAAGGGUAAUGUUGGCUCGGGAAUUUUUGCGAUGGGCGACGCUUUUAAGAAUUCGGGCGCGGUCCUGGGCAGCGUGCUCGUGCCGAUUUUAGGCCUGAUAUGCGUGCACAGCCAGCACCUUCUGCUGAACGCCUCACUGCAUCUGCAAGAGAAGCUGAGUUUGACAAAGAAUCCCGGUUUCGCGACGACCGUCGAGCUGUGUUUCGCCACCGGACCUUCCGGCCUGCAGAAGUACUCAACACUCUCUCGACGAUUGGUUAAUCUAUUCCUGUGCUUGACGCAGUUUGGAUUUUGCUGCGUCUACUUUGUGUUCAUUUCGACCAACGUUAAGCAGAUUUUGGACUACUACGGGUACGAGUACGAUAUUCAUUUGCACAUGGCGGUGGUGCUAAUUCCCGUAUACCUGAGUUGCUUGGUCCGCAAUUUGAAAUUCUUGGUCCCCUUGUCGAUGUUGGCCAAUAUUCUAAUGCUCGCCGGAAUUAUCAUCACCUUGUACUACGCGGCCCAGCCACCAGGCGCGUCGAGGGUGGAGAAUUUCGCGAGCAUUGGCCAGUUGCCGCUCGCUUUUGGUACCGCCGUCUUCGCCUUUGAAGGAAUUGGUUUGGUGCUACCCUUACAGAAUGAAAUGAAGAAGCCGAAGAAGUUCAACAGCACUUUUGGUGUGCUGAAUGUUGGGAUGGUGAUUGUAACAAUCUUGUAUCUCACAGUAGGGUUAGUGUCGUACCUCAAGUAUGGGGAUGCCAUCCAUGGAAGUGUUACCCUUGACCUGCCCAAAGAUGAAAUAUUGGCCCAAUGCGUCAAGCUGAUCAUUUCGGUGGGAAUCCUGUUCACGUUCGCUUUACAGUUUUACAUUCCCAUCGACCUCAUGUUUCCAUCUGUUCGCGAACACUUCAGUUCGCUAAAACGACCUGUGCUUGUCGAAUUGGUCUUCAGGACUGUGUUCGUUUUGAUUACAUUUGCCUUGGCAGAGAUAGUCCCAUUUCUGGACCUGUUUAUCACACUGGUCGGCGCCUUCAGCAGUACCACCAUAGCGCUGAUUAUUCCGCCAAUUUUGGAAAUGGUCACGCAGAAAAUGACACCGUGGAUUUUGAUAAAAGACUUGUUCAUUGUGAUUGUGGGACUCUUAGGGUGUGUUACGGGCUCAUACGAAAGUAUACGAUUGAUAGUUAACGCAUUUAAAAAGGAGUCAUUGUGACAGACAGCUACGAUCUCUUCUAACUUAUUUUUUACCUAAUUUGAUGAAUUCAUACGCGCUGAAAACUUGGAUCGGUAAAGUACAACUUAUCCAGCAAAAACUACUACACAAAAUUAUUAACCACGCG